AUGGCGCAACUUUGGGAAGUCGUCGGUGGUGUCGACAAAGGCGGCAUCCUCGUGCGUGCUGGCAAGGAACUAACGUCCCGGGAAGAGGAUGGCCGUUUGUCGACAGGCGCCCUUGUUCGCCAAGAGGAGCUCAUUGGCGAGCGCUUGCGGUAUACCCGGCUGACGGGGUCCGGACCCAGCAGUGGCUGGGUAAGCCUCAAAGUCAAGGACAAGCCCAUGCUCAUGAAGAGCGACCGCAAGGAGCCCCUGGAACCUCCCAAGGCAGCGGCGAAGGCAGAGUCCGAAACAGCGGCCCCUUCACCCACCGCUGAUCCUGAUGAUGGGGUUGGCGAUGAGCCCGCAGCUGCACCAGUGGUAGAGGAGGACACACGCACUGCAGCCAGCAAUGCACCUGUUGGUGACGUCAACUUCGAAGAUGACGAAGAGCAGGCGCGACUGCAAUUCAUGGCACGGAAGUGA